UUUAACCUGUCAAUCAGGAAGCCGCCGCGCCAUCGCGCCUGCGCACCAGCGUCCCGAGGGCGGAAAGCGCGGCGCCGCGCGCCUGCGCACGAGCCUCCCGCGAGGCCCCCGGCGAACACCAACAUGGCGCCCUAGGUCCGCCGGUGUUAGCGCCACCGCGGGUGAGCGACGCAGCCGUCGUCAUCAUGUCCCGGCACAGGAACGUCCGAGGCUAUAACUACGACGAAGAUUUUGAAGAUGAUGAUGUGUAUGGCCAAUCGGUAGAAGAUGAUUACUGCAUUUCUCCUUCAACAGCAGCUCAAUUUAUCUACUCAAGACGAGACAAACCAGCAGCAUUUGCUGAGCCAUUAGAAGAGGAAUAUGGCUAUGAAGGUGCAGAAGAUACUGCUGGUUGCUUUACAACCAAUCAUCAGUUGUCUGGAGUUGAUACAGCCCGUCUUAAUUCAUGCCUUGAUCAAAUGAGAGAAGUUUUGGGAGAGUCUGUACCAGAACAAACAAUGGUGCAAGCAUUACUGGAUAGUAAAUUUGAUGUACAGAAGGCUUUGGAUCUUGUGCUUUCACAAGACAGUAAGCAAAACACGAAGACCAAGAAUGAGGAUGCUGUGAUCAUAGGAAAGACGACAAAAGGAGACUUACUUUGUUGUCCAGAAAUACUUAUUAAUACAGACAACGUCUCUUGUGCAGUACAAAAUGCUGCUGACAACACCAACACAUCUGGGCUUGGAAACCUGACAGCCAAAAGCAAUUCAGCUUGUUACUCUUUAGUUACAAAUGACAAAAUGCUUCUUAAUGCUAAAAUAUCCAAUAUACCUUUAUCUGAAAAGAAAGGAUUGAAAUCCUCUUCACUUCUUCUGUCAUCUUCUUUCAGUGCUGAUUUGGGUAAAGGAUCAUUAUAUGAACCUCUGAAUAAACAGGCAGAGGAUCAACUACCAGAAAGUGCUAAUGCAGUAAGUUUGAUUCUUGACAGUGAAAAUGCUUGCUUUAGUAUAGGAAGUAACACAUCUGGAAAUUCUUCCUUUAAGAAGCUGGAAUGCAAGGAAACACAGGACUUGAAAUCCUUGCGAAUGCAGAAUGUGAUUUGCGAGUCUCUGACUCCUGAAGACAGCAUGCCUUUUGUUUCUUCAGAUACUUCUGAUUGUAAUAGUAAUGCAAAUUUUGAUAGUCCUCCUUGUUUAAUGAGUGCUUUAGGAAAAUUGGCUCUUGAUAAUGAAGUCAGUCAUACUGUAAAUAGAAAGAAUGAACUUCUUGAAAAUUUUUCUUCACUUGCACAAGGUAGAAAACAGGAAAGCCCCUCUCUAGAGAUGGCUGCUUUGCCAGUGUCAAAGUGUGGAAGUACAUCACUGGCUGACUUACUUCAGGAGCAUCAGGAAAGCAGUGCAAGCCAUUGUUAUUCUUUGGCUGAUCUUUAUGCCCAGUCAACAGCAAGUCUCGCAGAUGUGAAAUUGGGAAUCUCACCAUUAUCACAACUAGUAAGUCAACCUCAGACUUCAGGUGUGAUGCCAGAGCUAACAGGAUCUUUGUCUUCUCUAGCCCUCUCCAAAGUUUCUCCAGUAAAGGAAGUUGAGAAUUUGUCACUGUCGGAUUUAAUUGCGGAGACUAUUGAAGUAGAUAAAACUCAACAAGGAAAGGACUUUUCCAUGCUCAGUGUAACCAAGAUGAGGCCCCCUAAAAGAACAAAUAUUGACUUAAGUGGCAUUAUAAAAAAAGCAGAUGUAUCAGCAGAACAAAAUGUAGUAGGGCAAUCAAAUACCUUAAUCCCAGAAACUAAACUUUUAAAUUUAAAGCAAGGGAAAUGCUCUAUUUUUGCUAAAACAAAUAAAAAACCCAAAAGAGGGCUUAUUCCUAAGAGGCAGGAUUUGUCACUGUCAUGGAUGAAGGCGCUGCGUGCAAGACCUUCAGCUUUUGCUUUAACCUUGUGUCUCCGUUACCCUCCAAAAGGUUAUAAGCGGCACGUGGUUGGUAUGCAUAAAACUUUCCUAUACAAUAGACAAGUGCAAGAUAUAAAACCCAAGGAAAUUGGUCCUGUAAUAGCCAUAACACCAUUUGACUUCAAAUCAGCAUCUCCUGAUGAUAUUGUGAAAGCUAACCAAAAAAGAGCUUUUACAAGAGAGUAGUACAAAGCAUGGAAAAGAAUCAGUGUUUAUAUCUUGGUAUCUUAAAAAAUUUAAGAAAUAAAUUUUAUAUGGGAUCUAUUUAUAUUCCAGAAUUAAAAUUGUUUAUUUUUUUAACAAUACAUAUGACAGUUCUUACUGUUGGAUUGGUAACGAAUUUGUAUGUGAACUUUUAAGCUGUUGCACUGGAUUUCUUUAUUUUUGCCUAAUUUUCACUGACAAUUUAACAUUUUUAACUUUUAGAAUAUCUUGAACUUCAAUAUCUAGAAAUUGCAUGUAUAAACUUCUAUAAACACCAGUAGACUUCUUUAAACACCUUUCUCGGUGUUCAAAAUGUACUUCAUUGGGAAGAACACUGAAUUAUUUUUUAAAGUCAUUAGUUUUGCUAUGUGGUGUAUAUUUUGGAGAAGGGGAACCUCUGUUUAUCUUAGGGAUUUACUUUAUUAAAUGUUCUUAAAGUUAAAUUUUCUGAUAAGGUAUGUUAUUAAACUGUCAGUCUCAUAAUUGAUAUUUUCACUUGAUGUCACUUUUCUGUGCUUGUUCUGGUAACAAUGUUAAAACACAAUUACCUUCAAUUUUUAAAAGCCUCACUAACCUCUGUUUUUAAUGGUUGUGGUUGUGAUAGGACAUGUAUGGCUUUUGAUAGGACCAAAUUUGUAGGGCAGCAUUUAAAGUUGAAAUUGUGUGGUCCCACCCCUUCACUUUCCCAUCAGGUGUCAAAAUGGCAUAUUUAGAAUUUUAGAACACUUAUUUUGCAGGUGUUCCAUGUAGCAUAUGUUUCAUGAGGCGUUUCAGUAGGAUUCAGUGGUGAGUUCUGGAGUCUUUGAGGUUCUAGAGAAGUAUUGGAAUAACAGUUCUUUCAGUUUAGGCCUUGGAGUCUUGGGUUAAUGGGGAAAAAAAAAAAACAAUUUCAGGCAAAGCAGAGGUGCUCUUUGUAUCUGUCUUGUCUGUUUUGGACAAAGCUCCCUUAGUAAUGGAAAUGUAUUCUCUUCUAUUGUUGGUGUCCGUGGCUGUUACUUUGAAGCUUUAGAAGAUCAGAAUUAGGACAUUUUGGACUUAAUUUUUUAGCUGAUAAUUACCAGAUUCUGAUGCACCUGUUAGGCAAAUUAGUAAGUGCAUGUGUGUUUCAACUUGAGUAUUGGUAUAUGUUAAUUGUUUUAUAGACUUUCAGUGUCUCUAAUAUCCAUGAGGUGCAGUAAAGGUACUGCUACGAGUAGAGGAAUACAUUUGUUCAUAAAUUGCCAUACGUUUAUCCAUCCUAAAGUUGGCAGCUAAUAUGGAACGGUAGAUUCAAUUUUAAAUCUAAUUUUAGGUCAGUAUGUUAUGUCAAAAAGAUGACAGAAACUUAGAUUUAUUUCUGACUUCAGGUUGCACUAUAAUUUUAUUUUUAAAUAAAAAUAAAACAUGUUCCAGCGCUCUCAGGUACAAAUUCCAUAUCCUGUAUAUUUUGCUUGUUUGUCUGAUUGACACCUUGCUAUAGUCUCAUUUAGGGACUAUGAAUAGUGCAUACUUUAAGUUUUUUAUAAUAGUUUGACCUCUGAUCUCUUGAAUGAACUUCAUUUCUUAUCCUUGCUAAUAAAAGUUUUAUAUAAUGA